CGGAGCCGUUUCAGAGCCCAUUGCCAAACAUCACCCGAACUGGGAUACCUGGAGGCUCGAUUCCGCUUGCCGUCCGAGAUUCCCUUUUCCACCCAGACUCACCUCCCACCAUGGCGCCUCGCCCAAUCACCCCUCCUCUGUUUCUGCGGGACAGUGAUCCUCUUCGAAAGCGAUGUCGAGUACCUCAUUCAUCUCCACCGUCAGCCUCAGUCCGGGCGCUGGGUUUAUCAGAAAGACCCCGAAACUUGGAAUCACCUGCGCGCCAAUCGCACGCCGUUUCUGCAUUUUCCGAACCGAGUGGGAAGUUCGUUCCUCGUAUCAAGUUAGAAGACCCUGAGACCAAUCUCACAAGAGAGAACACGGCAGCUGUGGAUGGGUGGAGUAACUCUUAUUUUGUUUGGUGGGUAUCUCAUCCUGUUUCAUUAGUUGCGUAUGUUCCCACCGCUGCUGACUUCGUCACCUCAGAUCAACCUGUACCUUCUCUAAUUGCUAACCAGAGCGCAGAUGACCCCGGGAGUGAUAAUAUCGAUGGAAUAUUAUGGGAACAAUCGCCCGAGCCAGAAAGGCACUCUUUUUAACAAUCAUUGUUGAGUCCCGCAUGGUCCGUCAAAUUGCACACGGAACGAUGUCUCCUUUAGUUCAAUCAGAUGAACUUUGCAAGAGAUUGCGGCUUGAAGAUACUAUUGUUCCGUUUGGGAAAAAAUCUCAAGAUAUACACCAGAAGCGCAAGUAACUUCGUUGAUCAGUGAGGCACUAACUCAGAAGAACGAGAUAUCGGUGGAACAACCUCUUACGAGUUUCAAGGAUUUACUUGCUCUGCCUUCCAUCAAAGGGCUACCUAAAUCGCACGGGGUUGACAAUUCAAAAUCAAAA